CAGAGUGGACGUGUUGACGUCAUGAAAAUAUCUUUGUCUGCUAGAAAAGUGGAAAAGCAACAGAUCCGAGUGUUUUAUAUGCUCGAAUAAAACCUGACUGACUCUCAGGAUAAGUCGUGCUGAAGGUGAUGCUGGGUGUGUCGGAAAUGACGGGCAGCAACAUGGCCAAUGCCCUGGCAAACGCCUCGUGCGAGCGCUGCAAAAGCGGGUUUGCCCCGGCUGAGAAGAUCGUCAAUAGCAACGGCGAGCUGUAUCACGAGCAGUGCUUCGUCUGUGCCCAGUGUUUCCAGCAGUUUCCCGAAGGACUCUUUUACGAGUUUGAGGGGAGGAAAUACUGCGAGCAUGAUUUCCAGAUGUUGUUCGCCCCCUGCUGUCACGAGUGCGGAGAGUUUAUAAUUGGCCGUGUGAUUAAGGCCAUGAAUAACAGCUGGCACCCCGACUGUUUCUGCUGUAAUAUCUGUCAGGCGGUGCUCGCCGAUGUGGGGUUCGUCAAGAAUGCUGGCCGUCACCUGUGCCGUCCGUGUCAUAACCGUGAGAAGGCUCGCGGUCUCGGGAAGUAUGUCUGUCAGAAGUGUCACGCUAUCAUCGAGGAGCAGCCGCUCAUUUUCAAAAAUGACCCUUACCAUCCGGACCACUUCAACUGCAGUAACUGCGGGAAGGAGCUGACUGCUGAUGCACGAGAGCUGAAAGGUGAACUGUACUGCCUCCCCUGCCAUGAUAAGAUGGGUGUGCCAAUCUGUGGCGCGUGCAGGCGUCCUAUCGAAGGCCGUGUGGUUAAUGCCAUGGGCAAACAGUGGCACGUUGAGCAUUUUGUCUGUGCUAAAUGUGAGAAGCCCUUCCUGGGACACCGUCAUUAUGAGAGGAAAGGUCUGGCGUACUGCGAGACUCACUACAACCAGCUCUUUGGUGAUGUUUGCUACCAUUGCAACCGUGUGAUCGAAGGAGACGUGGUGUCGGCUCUGAAUAAAGCUUGGUGUGUGAAUUGUUUCUCCUGUUCCACGUGUAACACCAAGCUCACCCUUAAGAACAAGUUUGUGGAGUUUGACAUGAAGCCAGUGUGCAAGAAAUGUUACGAGAAGUUUCCUCUGGAGCUGAAGAAGAGACUCAAGAAGCUGGCGGAGACUUUGGGCCGCAAGUAGAGCUCCUCAACCACAGUGUGAUCAAGUAUUGCAUCGAAGGUGCUUAAAAGAAAGAACAGAGAUCAAACAAAAUCUGAACUUGUGUCUUACAUGCUUUUGUCUUAACUUUGUUGUACUACUAUAAAUGCCCCGUGUAACCUUCACAAUGAUGACUGAAUGAAGAGAAAAGAUGUACCCUGUUUUGCAGUGUGACACAAAGUAGCCCACAGAUUUUCUUUGGUCUCACACCCACAAGAGUUCAUUGUGUCUUCAAAAACCAAAAGCGAAUGAAUACUUAUAUAUAGUCUAAUCAUAUCUAUCCUGUAUAUGUACUUGCAUGUUUGUAGUCACAUCCUUUAGAGAGCUUGUGAACUCUCCGCACAUCAUUUCACAUCGGUCACGUUACAUUUCUUCAUCAACUUUGAUGUAUUAAUCGAAGAGUCCUAUUUGAUAUUUAAUGUAUGCUCAAGCCUGACAUUUUCUGUCCGAGAGGGGGUCAAAGUUCAUGCCUGAUGUAAUGAGCAUGUAGGAAUGCUGGGAUAACCUUAAAACCGAACUCUUCGCUCCACUGGAAAAAGUGCUCUGGCUUCAAUUAUUGUGCUUUAUGAAAACCGCCAUCUUUAUUUCCGCAGAGGUUUAUUAUCCGUGUUGACCAUAACAUUCUUUCUUUGUAGUUUUAGGACCUGUUUAACUUUCUGGAGGAAAACGGCUUUUAUAAUCUCCAGACAGAAAUGAACUUCGUUUCGUAUGAUACAUGUAACAAAUAACUAAACGUUUGUAAGGAUCGAUUUCAUUCUUGUCUUUUUUAAAUGUCCUACAGCAUGACUUUAAAUGGAUUGGUGUCAUUUCAAUUGUCACAUCAUAAUGUACUUUUUAAUAUUUUAUAUGUUUUAUUAUACAUUCAGCGACGUGCCACAGUAGUUUUAUUUGUUCACUCAUUUGUGUUACUGCCCUUUUGAAAACCUUUUAAGUUUAUAAUCACACUUUUCAAUUUAUUGAACGGUUAAUUUGGAGCAAAACUACUUUAUUAUUAUUUUAUUUUUUUUAUUUAAUGAAAUGUAUCGCCUCCUGUAUUCACUGAUAGAUGCAUUAAAGCUCAUAAUAUAAAUUGCUUUUUGGCAGAUUCUACAUAAAUAUCACUAAUCUUCUGUGUUAAAUAUCAAAGUAUAUAUUAAUAAAAUAUGCAC